AUUACAUUUUUUUUUUUUUUUUAAAUAGACCUCAGUCGUCAGUGUCCAGCAUGAGGGAGAGGCGGUUAGGAUUAAGACUGUUAAUGAGUCAAACAGAAAAGGUCAAAGUUCAUCCUAAACCUGGCUAACUUUAGAGACAAAUUUGGGCCGUGCGUUUUGAAUAAUAUGUGAGGAUCCCUCUCACAGCUGGAUGUGUGUGGGCAACCCCCCCGCAACUCCCGCAUAGUGGGGGGAGAGGACGCCCCUGCGGGGGCGUGGCCUUGGCAGGCCAGCCUUCACAACAGCAGCGGCCACAAAUUCUGCGGGGGGUCCCUCAUCAACAAGGACUGGGUGAUGACUGCAGCACACUGCUUCUCCAGAACCUCUGGCCCGGUCGUCUACCUGGGGCGGCAGAAUCAGGAGGGCAGCAACUCCAACGAGGUUUCCAGGACCGUCUCUCAGAUCAUCAGACAUCCCAAUUUCAACAACGUGUCCCGCGAUAAUGACAUCGCCCUCCUCCAACUCUCCUCCUCCGUCACCUUCACUAACUUCAUCCGCCCCAUCUGCCUGGCAGCAGCCGACAGCACCUUCAACCGGGGCACCACCAGCUGGGUGACAGGCUGGGGCACUAUCAAACGAGGAGUGUCCCUCCCCUCCCCACAGACCCUUCAGGAAGUGGAUGUGCCAGUGACGGGGAACAGGAACUGUUUCUGCAAGUACAACCCGAGAGGCAGGACCAUCACCGACAACAUGAUCUGUGCCGGGAGGGACGAGGGGGGCAAGGACUCCUGCCAGGGAGAUUCUGGCGGUCCGAUGGUGAGUAAGCAGGGUUCUGUGUGGGUCCAGGCGGGUGUCGUGAGCUUCGGUAUCGGCUGCGCCCGGGCCCAGUUCCCAGGAGUGUAUGCACGCGUCUCUCAGUACCAGAGCUGGAUCAACACCAGGAUCACCAGCGACCAGCCGGGCUUCGUCACCUUCACCUCCACCGGGACAGACGCAGACCUGAGUGCCACCUGCACCGGCCUGCCCAGGCUGAUAAAGAAGGUCUCCCACACACCCACAAGCCCUGCCUACGUGAGAGUGGAGGAAUGCUGUUCUAACUUAUACCCGAAGAGAAUCCCUGCGAGUCAAAUCAAAUCCUAUAAAUACACCAACCUCGAUUGCCCUAAAAAGGCGGUGAUAUUCACCACUCUGAAGGGAAUAGAGAUGUGUGCCAACCCAGAGGAUAAGCAGGUCCAGGACAUUAUGGAGAAACUGGCCGGAGAUUGGGAGUAACGUCCUGUUAUUCCGUAGCUUUUGCACAGAAAUAUUCUGUAAUUUCUCCAUUGAAUUUCCCUCAGCGCAGUCCUUCAAGAUAACAUCUGCAGACAAAUAAGCUUGGAUAAACCUAAGAAUCCCUCAUCUGUGUAUUAUUCUGAACAGAUUGUAAUAAAGCUACUUUCAGCACUCA